AGUUCGGCGUAGUGGGAUCUCCCCGGCCUGAUAAUGGUAGAUUCCGGUCCUCUGCUAACUCUUUCUUUUCUCUCGUUCAGCAGCAGCCAUGAGGCUUCAGAAGCGGUUGGCAUCAAGUGUCCUCCGAUGUGGUAAGAAGAAGGUGUGGCUGGACCCCAACGAGACCAAUGAGAUCGCCAACGCCAACUCCCGCCAGCAGAUCCGCAAGCUGGUGAAGGAUGGGCUCAUCAUCCGUAAGCCGGUGACUGUGCACUCGCGCGCUCGCUGCAGGAAAAACACGCUGGCUCGCCGCAAAGGCCGGCACAUGGGCAUCGGUAAGAGAAAGGGUACUGCCAAUGCCCGUAUGCCAGAGAAGCUGUGCUGGAUGCGCCGCAUGAGAAUCCUGCGCCGUCUGCUGCGCCGGUACCGUGAGUCCAAGAAGAUCGACAGACACAUGUACCACAGCCUGUAUCUGAAGGUGAAGGGAAACGUCUUCAAGAACAAGCGCAUCCUGAUGGAGCACAUCCACAAGCUGAAGGCAGACAAGACUCGCAAGAAGCUCCUGGCUGACCAGGCCGAGGCCCGCAGGUCCAAGACUAAGGAAGCCCGUCGGCGCCGUGAGGAGCGCCUGGCCGCCAAGAAGGAGGAGAUCAUCAAGACUCUGUCCAAGGAGGAGGAGAGCAAGAAAUAAACACCUGUCCUCCCCUGCCUGCCACAAUAAUAAAGUGUACAGAAAAAGUG